AUGGAGGCAGCAGGGGUACUGACCCUUUAUAAGCGUACUCCAGAGGGGAUCAGAUACAGCCCAUUUGUUGGGGAUGGUGAUAGUAAAUCAUACUCUCAGCUUGAACAAGCUGCACCAUAUGGACCUUCAUUCCACAUACCGAAGGAAGACUGCAUUGCGCAUGUCACAAAAAGGAUGGGCACCAAUCUCAGGAAAAAAGUGGCAGAAUACAAAGGUAGGAAAACUUGUUCAAAAAUGCUGUACUCAACAGCUACAGCAUUACUAUUCAGUAAACAUGCCUAAAUGUUCACUCCAGUAUACUGCACUAAGGAAUCUAACUCAAAACCUGAUAUAAUUAUAAUACCAAGUAUGAAAGCUCAAUGGCAGAUUUUCGAAAUACACUGGCACGCGGAAAUGGGCCCCAAAAGGCUGGAAUUUUAGUGCGUGGUGCACAAUGAAUUUCCUGCCUUUCACAUAGCUUCGCUUUGGUGAUGAACAAAACGUGUGAGUCAAAUUAUUUCGAAAAUGGUCCAUUUUGUUUAGUUUCAAUUGGCCAAGAGCAUAUCAUGUGAACACGAAGAAACUCAGCUGUUUCCCUGGUGACGAGUUUGACAUACCAAUAAUAUGUUGCAGACCAGCAAUAACAAAGAUACGUGUCAAAAUAAAAAAGUCACAUGUCAAAAUUCAUUUACAAAAAUUAUUCACCUCCAUUUUCCUUGCCAUGAGGAAAGAUGGCAAAUUUUCAAAAUAAUGAUAAGGGAACAUUCUCCCAAACAAGCAAGCAGUAAAAUUGCUUUUAUCUACAUUUUGUCCAGACAAAAAUACUGUUUAAAGCCUUGGCACUUGGUAUGAUAAUUAAGCAAUGAUUUACUGGUAACUCAGGAAAGCAGUAUGUUUCGCAGCUCCUCAACCACCCAUGUUUCCCAGGAGGGACUCAGGCCUGACGUCCAGAGAUGAAAAAAAAAGCAUGCUUUGAAAAUUACAAUAACUAGAUGGGAAAACCUCCUCCAAAAAGGUGGCACUGACCACUAACCCACCCCCUACCCCCUCUGAAAAAAAAGACAGCUGUUUUAUUUGAAGUUCAUUUUGUGAUAUCUGCAUUUUAGGCAAAAAGCUUGCUGAUGGUCGAAAGGGACUAGGUGGCGUUGGUGGCCUGACAACCAAGAGAAUCGACAGCAUGCAAGGCUGGUAUGGACAGGCCAUCCGAAACAACAAGGGAGAUGCCAAGGCAAUGUCCAAGGCUACACAUGCCAUAUUAAAGCAUUGCUCGAGCACUCUAGAAAACCCCAACCACAGUGAUUGUCCUACUGAGAAAUCUUCAUGGUGUUCCUUCCAGCGUGACACUGCCAAUGGAACAGAGUUGCACCGCCCAUAUAAACAUCCUUUGACACCAGCCAUUGUAGAUGCUAUUCAACCUAUCUUUGACUCAUUGGGUGAUGAAAGAUUUCUAGCAGGCUGCGAACAGUGUUUUACACAAAACCAAAAUGAGUCAUUGCACCACGUGAUCUGGAGUCUGGCUCCCAAGCAACAAUAUAAUUCACCUGCAGAGAUUGACAUUGCCACUAAUUUAGGAGUAUUGUUAUUUAACCGUGGCUAUGCUAGCACAUACAUGAAGCUCUUCCCCAAGAUUGGAUUAGUACCAACCGAAGAGCAAGUCGAGGCCUGGAAAAAGCUAGACAAGGAACGGGUGGACACUGCCGAGUACCAGUCAUCAGAGGAAGUAAAGAUCAAGAGGAAGAAGCUGAAGAGGUCCAAAGUAAAGAAGCAAGAUGCCUUUGUAAGAGCUGAAGGGGUUAUGUACAAAUCCCAGGCAUUUCAUCAAACUGGCAAGAAGCCAAAAGGCAAGAAAGCAACUUCCAAG